AUGGUGGAUUUGCUCAAGCGUCUGCGCCAGAGUCUGGACCAAUUAGCGGAGAAGACUGCCGCUACAUCCCCAUUCCAGAUCAGCUAUGCCUCUCCAGCGGACAAGGACAAGGCUGUCAUGUUAGACCUCACUAGCAUGACCCCGUAUCUCGAUUUCUACACUGUUAUGGCUUUGGACUACAUGGGACCCGGAUUCAGCAAUUACUCUGGCUACUUGUCAAACUUGUUCCCGGAUGUCCGCAAUCCACGUGCAACUGAUUAUGAUACAAACUCGAGCCUUGAUUUUUACAUGUUUAACGGUCAUGUUCCACCCAACAAGCUCGUUUUGGAGAACCCGCUGUACGGUCGUGUCUUCAAUGGCACUAAUGGCGUGGGGGAUAAGUUCUCCAAUGGCGGCACACAGGGCAGUCUUGGUACCGCUGGGCUUUGGAAUUACAACGCACUUCCCCUACCAGGAUUCAACGCUAAGGUUGUCAACAUUCCUCGUGUUGGUGGAAGCUACAGCUACGACGCCAAGCAGAAAUACCUGGUUAGCUAUGAUACUCCUGAGAUAGCUGCCCUGAAGGCUGAGUAUGUUCAGUGUUUGGGUCUUGCUGGCACCGCCUGGUGGGAAGUUAGCAUGGACCGAAACGAUACUCUGAGUCUCAUCGGCACCACUGUCUCUCUGUUUGGAGGCGCUGGCUCUUUGGAUCAGUCUCUUAACAACUUGAACUAUCCUACCAGCACAUAUGUUAAUCUGAAGGAUGGCUUCUCUGGCAAUUAA